AUGCUCGCGUCUCCGCAUCCAAGACUCCAACCCUCCUCCGCCUCCAUGUCCCCCAAACGAGCCUGCGAUUCUUGCACCUCCCGCAAAGUCAAAUGCAAUGGCACUUGGCCUUGCGAUACCUGCCGCGAUGCGAACAAACGGAUCCCCUGUACCUACUUGAGGCCUGCGCGCAAGCGAGGCCCCAAGGUCCGACGGCAACCAAGAUCGAGCCCAGAUACUGUUUCAAGACUGGUCGACCAACAAAAGGAACAAGGGGACAACGUGGAUAGCCAUGGCGAGGGCUCAUUUGACCGACAAUCUGUCGAAUCAUGCUUUUCUCAGCGCAUCCCAAAAACCAUUCUUGCAUCAGUUAUACGCCUCUAUCAGCAGUAUUCCUUCAGCGUGUGGCCAGUUGUCAGUGCAGACGCCGUUCUACCAAACCUCGAGGAUAUAGACCCAGGCAAGGUUGGAAAAGAUGAUGAGAAUACAGCCUGUUUGAUUACGGCUCUUUGUGCCGCAACGAUGGCUCAGUUGCAUCUCCAGCCGUUCAUGGAUGGUCCCCGAGCAGUGGAUAGUUCAAUAAUGGCGAAGGCGUGCGUCCAGAUGCGGGGAAAUCGCGAUAACCACAAUGAACAUCUCGACUUGAAAAGUGUCUUGGUCUCUUUUUUUCUGCAUGUCUAUCACGCCAAGGUCAACCAGCGGAACUCGGCAAUGAUGUUCAUACAAGAGGCUAUUGCAGGGGCUCGGGUUCUGCGACUGGAUGAAUUAUCGUGCCAGCAGGGGAGUAUAUCCGGGUUUCCGCCGCAAGACCAUACUAUUGCCAACAAAGAAUUGGUUUUCCCGUUGCUUUGGGUUUCGGAAAGAGGUUACGCUCUACACUUGGGCCUUUCACCAUCCUAUACUGACCCAGUGUUGUUACCUGAGCUUGGCAACGACUCGAUCACUGAUGUGCACGUUCAAGGCUUGCUGGAUCUGGUCAAACUUUUCACUGCCUUUGACCGAAUCUCAGUCAGCCGCAAAGCACGCGUAGGGAAUGCUUCUAUCACAGACCUGAUAGCCACCGAAGAAGCGCUCUCUUCCGUGCUGCUGACUAUAACUGAGCAUAUUUCUACGAGAACGGCCGACUGCCAUAUAACUCGGGAAUGGAUGCGGACUAUUCUUUGGCAAGAGGCUUUAUCCUUGGGUUUGCUGUCUUCAGGGUCUGGAACUGCCGUGAUGACAUUCGGGUUCCCUGCGCAAGUCAGUCGAGAUUUGCUGCGAGCGUUGCGACAUUUCUCGGAAACAGAUUUGCUGCCGUUGGGGCGAGAUCAGCUGCUCAAGUGUUUUGAGGUCGCCAACUCGCUGGCAGAUACGGUUCUCUUCACUUCUGCUACGUGUCAUUCUGGGUUUGAACUGGGACCACAGGACUUCCUGCAUGCGCUGUACCAGAAACUUUUACCUUUCUUGGAGCAAGACAGCGUGCUCAAGUCAAUUCUCCGAGCUAAAACCGCCGAGAUUCUUGUUAUGGCUCCCGCUCGACUCCUUACAACUGAGCUUGGUUACACAGGAUUGCGGUGGCCUAGGCCCCAUGCAAUUGAUGGGGAGAAUAAUAACCACUACACAGAGACCCCGGCUCUAAAGGCUCUAUCGUGGGACGAUCUGGAAGAAGGAUUGCUAUUACCUAUCGCCAACCCAAAUUGGAUACUGCAGCCA